UGACAUAGAGGAUCUUUGUGUUCCUCUCCGUCGCCUCCUCGCAGUGAAAGCAGCGGUUCCGCUCCGCUGGUUCUGCUGUUAACUGAGACCAGAACCAGAACCAGGACCGUAAAGAUUCUGACCCUGAAGAAGGAAAACCGGGAUUUAUUUUCCUUGUCAUCGGAAGGUUUAAAGGAGCCGCGAAUUAAUUUCCCUAAAACCUUCCGGAAAUAACAAAAUAAAAAAAUCACAGCCCGGAGGAGAAUCUGCGUGAUUCCCGACCCGCCUGCGGGAUCCGGCGAGAUUUGCGCCGCAUCACCAUCAGCCUGCGGGACUCUGCGGCGUCAUUCAUGAUUGAAAUCAGAUUUAAUUGAGACCUGAAGACCAGUCGUGACCUCUGACCCCUGCGGGAUGCUGGACGCGGUGAAGAUGAAGGAGGCCUGCCGAAUCUGCGCGCGGGAACUGUGCGGGAACCAGCGGCGCUGGAUCUUCCACCCCGCAGCCAAGCUGAGCCUGCAGGUGCUGCUGGCCCACGCCCUGGGCCGCGGGCUGGGCCGGGACGGCCGCGGGGAGUUCGCCUGCUCCAAGUGCGCCUUCAUGCUGGAGCGGAUGUUCCGGUUCGACACGGUGGUGGCCCGGGUGGAGGCGCUGUCCCUGGAGCGCCUGCAGCGGCUGCUGCUGGAGAAGGAGCGGUUGCGGCUCUGCAUCGCCGGGCUGUACCGCAGGAGCAACCCGGGGGAGGCCGGCGGGGAGGACGCAGACCUGGACGGCAGCUACUUGGACCUGAUCCAGGACGACCUGGUGUUCUCCGGGUUCGAGUCCUGGGCGGAUCGGGAGGAUGCGGCGCCGGACCAGCCGCUCCACCACUGCACCGGAGCCGAGGCCGGCCAGAAGACCCGCAGGUGCCGCGGCUGCGCGGCGCUGCGGGUCGCGGACUCGGACUACGAGGCGGUCUGUAAGGUUCCGAGAAGGUUCGGGCGCAGAAGCACCUCCUGCGGGCCGUCGACCCGUUACUCCGCCUCCACUCUGGGGAUGGAGGACCUGAGCAGGACCUCCGAGGCAACACCUGUCCCGAUGGAUGUUCCUGCAGCCGAGGCGGACAAACGGAGUCACAGCCCCGCAUCCUCCGUGGAGUCUCUGGAGCUCCACAGAACCAAGGAGGAACCGAACCCGAACCCGGAGGAGACGUGCCCCAUCUGGAGAAAACCCCAGACUGGGAGCUCCCUGUCCGGGGCGGAGGUGCUGCUGGGCAUCCUGCGGGGCUGGGAGUACCGGCCGGUGACCCCGCCCAGGGGCAGCAAGCUCCCAGUUCUGGUCAAAGGCAAACUGGAUCCGAGCCUGUCCUCCCACCCGGCCGUCCCGGAGGUGGUGGUGCUCUGUCCGGAGGAGGAGCUGCAGGCGGAGCUGGAGGAGCUGGAGGAGCAGUGGCUGGAUGAUUACCUCCAGUGCGGCCCGUUCCGCCUCCAGCAGCAGCUGAUCGGUGAGCAGCAGGACCAGCUCUGUCGGUACCAAAGCGCCGCAGGUCGGUGCGUGGGAGAACUGCAGCAGGCCCAGAACCAGGUCCGAUUGCUGCAGGUCAACAUCAGAAAGAGCGAGGCUCGGAACCAGAAGCUGCAGGAGCGUCUGGCUGCCAUGGAGCUGCAGCUGCGCUCGGCGCAGGACGAGGCGCAGCAGCAGGAGAGACUCGUCCAGAACCUGACGGACAGCAUCGUCUCCAAGGAGACGGAGGUUUCUGAUCUGAGCAGAACCUUGGAGGAGCAGAACCAGGCGCUUCGUUCCCUCAGGGAGGUCGCUGACCGCAGCCAGCUGUCCGGUACCGAGGCGGCUCCGGGUCAGGGCGAGGUUCUGGCCCUGCAGGCGGCGCUGUUCCAGGCUCAGCUGGAGCUGCAGGCGGCCCAGCUCGCUCAGCGCCGGGCGGACCGCGCUCAGGAGGACCAGAACCAGGCCCUGGAGAGGCUGGAGCGAGACCUGCAGGGGGCGCUGCAGCACCGCAGGGAGACGGAGCGACACAACCGGGAACUGCAGCUGAUUCUGCAGACGGUCCGGUCCGACCUUCAGGUGAGGGAGGAGCAGCUGAGCGAGGGCGAGCAAGAGAGACAGAGGGAGAGAGAGGAGAGAGAGCGCAGCGUCGCGGAGCUGAGGGCUGACCUGCAGCUGAAGGAGCAGCUGCUUCAGGAAUAUGGUGAGAUGUUGAAGGAACCGAAGGAGAACAGAGACUCUCUGCUGCAGAAACUUCGGCAGCGAAUAGCGGAGAGAGACCGAGCGCUGGAGCGAGCCGUUGACGAGACGUUUCGCUCGGCGGAGCAGCGAGACGCAGCGAGUCGGCAGCUGCAGCUGCUGCUGCGGGAGAAGGAGCGAGACCUGGAGAGGCAGCGCCGCGUUCUGGCCAACAACGAGGAAACCAUCGCUAGCCUGGAGGCGCUGCUGAGGGGGAAGGAGCUGCAGCUGCAGCAGCUGGCCAACGCCUGGACCGGCGCCGGGCGGCAGCAGCGGGACGCCGACGAGCGGACCAGUCAAAUCCUGAGGGAGAGAGACGGCAUCAUUGAGCAGCUGCAGGCAGCGCUGCUCGCUCGCACGCAGGAGACCCAGGACCUGUGCUACUCUCUGCUGCCUCAGGUCCAGUCGGCGCCAGGUCAGGUUCUGGAGGAGCUGAAGCUCCGCCUCCAGCUGAAAGACCGCCUCUUCCAGGAAGUGAUGUCAGACCGGACCCGGCAGGCCCGGGAGCACCAGGAGCAGGUCCAGGAUCUGCUCAGAACCGUCAGCGCCAGGGACCAGUAUAUCCAGGACUCAGCAGCCCGACUCACCGAGGUUCUGGAAGAACAGACCCGCAGAGUCCAGGAGCUGCGGCGGCAGCUGGGCUCCAGGUCUCAGCCGGACGCGGCUGCAGCGCUACAGCAGGAGCUGCAGCAGGAGCAGAACCAGGAGGAGACGAGGAGUCGGGCCGAGCAGCUGGAGCAUCUGAGCCGCAGUCUGAGCCUGAAGGAGGAAAUCAUCAGGGACCUUCAGAGGAAGAUGGUGGACCCGUCGGACCUUCCUGUGGUGGAGCGGCUGACCCUGGAGGUCCAGGAGCUGAGGGAGGUUAUGGUCCGGCAGGAAGCCGCCCGGCAGCCUGAGUUUGGAGAGAUGAGCGGUGAGGACGAAGACGAGGCAGAUGAAGAUGUGAAGAGUGAGUUCACUGAUGAAGAUGAUGAUGAUGAGUGUGCUGCCCGGGGUCGGCAGCUGGACGCUGAAGGGCUGAUGGAGGUCAAGCAGCUGGUGGAGCAGAAGCAGGUGGUGGAGAGAGAGCUGGUGGAGCUGAAGGCUCAGCUGGAGAAGGCCGGCUUCUCCUCGCUGUCCCAGAUGAGGAGAACUUUGUUCAGCCUGCGAUCAGAGAACGAAGACUUGAAGCUCCAGCUGGCUGGCGGCAGGCAGGCUGCGGAGGAAGAGGAGGAGCUGGAUGUGACUGUGGAGGAGGAAGAGGAGGAGCUGGAUGUGACUGUGGAGGAGGAAGAGGAGGAGCUGGAUGUGACUGUGGAGGAGGAAGAGGAGAGCUCUGGGACGUGGGAAGCUUGGGAUGGAGAUCCGUCUCUGUCCGACAUCAGGACUCAGAGCCAUGAAGACCAGAAGACAGAGGAAGGCGACAGAACGGAGACGCUCACCGGCUCCUCACAGGACGACGAGCCGUCCAAUCAGCAGCGGCGGCCAGACGCCUCGCCCUCAGCGGCGUGUGGGAAGACGGUCCGUCUGCAGCUGAAGAGCCGGGAGCUGCAGGAGAGGCUGAUGGUGUCGGAGGCCACAGUGCAGGCUAAGGCCGAGCAGCUGCAGGACUACAGAGAGCUGCUGGCAGAAACAGCCGUGCAGCAGGACAGCAAGCUGGUCCAGGUGGACCUGCAGGACCUGGGCUAUGAGACCUGCGGCCGCAGCGAGAACGAGGCUGACAGGGAGGAGGCCAGCAGCCCAGAGUUCGACGACCUGGAGAUGUGCACGUCUCUGGACCUGGGCUCUCAGUGGUGGCCCGGCGGCGCUCAGCCCUGUGGUUACCCCGGCGACGGGCCGUCGCUGCGGCGCCUGGUGGAGGACCUGCGCUCGCAGCUGUGCCGCUCUCAGGCGGUGAUCCGCGGGCUGCAGGGCCGCCUGCGCCGCCUCUCCGCCCCCGGCGAGGUCGGCCGCUCCCCGCAGGCGGAGGACGACGAGGGCUGGCGGUCGUCUGACGGAGCCUCGCAGCGUCACCAUGACAACGGCCUUCAGGAGCUGACGUCCAGAGUGGACGCUCUGGAGGACCAGCUGAGGAAAGGAGGCAGGAGGGAGGAAGGAAACUCUGCAAACUGGCCGGGGAAGUUGGACUCUCUGCUGAAAGCCCAGGCCAGAGAGCUGUCGCUGCUGCGCCAGCGGCUGCGUGAGGGCCGGGCCGCCUGCGGCGUCCUGCGCCGCCACCUGGCCGACGCCACCCGGGCCUUCGAGGAGCUGCUGCGCGCCAACGACGUCGACUACUACACGGGCCAGAGCUUCAGGGAGCAGCUGGCCCAGAGCGCCGCCCUGGCCCAGCGGGUCGGCGCCAGGAUCGCCGGACGAGAUCCGUCUGAAGACCCAGAGGAGACGACGGAGCUGCUCGCCGUCCGGCUGAGUAAGGAGCUGCAGCAGAAGGAUAAAGUUAUCGAGUCUCUCCAAGCCAAACUUGACCAGCAGCAUCAUCAUCAUCAUCAUGGCUCCGACUCGCCCAGCAGCAGCCACGCCCUCUCUGACAUCACCGACCAAUCAGAUCGCAUCUCCUAUGUGUCGGAUGAGCACGGCUCCACCAACGGCGACCCGGAGUUGUGCUGCGACACAGACGCUGCCGGCGGACUCAGACCUGAGGGAAACGGGAAUGCUACUGGAACUGCGUCUCCGCUCGGCGCCGCGUCCCGCCGGCCGUCCGUUGGCUCCUCCCAACGCUCCCAGUCCUGCCUCAGCUGUCCCAGCAUGCAUUGCUCCGGCUCUCCGCUCAGACCCGCAGACCUGCACAGCCAAUCAGCCCCCUGUCGCCCUUCCCUCCCCUCCCCCAUCAAACAUGGUGGCCGCUCCCAGAGGAGCGCGGCGCCGGCUUUCUCUCUGGCUGCGGUUCAGCAGGAGCUCCAGACGCUACAGAAGCAGCUGAGAGCCGACGGCAGGUUUUCCACUCCCAGAUCUCUCCAUGGUCUCCCCCGGUUCGUCCCUCAGCAUCAUGCUGACGCCGCCGGCUGCCCGCCGCUCUCCUACCAAGGCUUCCCUCCUCCUCCUCCAUUCAGCCUCCUGGACGUCGCCAUGGCAACGCGAGCCGGGCCCGGCCCGCUGGAGAGAGGCGCAUCCUGGGAUACGGCGUGCGGCGGGGGAGCCGACCUGUCGUCGGGGUCGUCGGGUUACCAGUCAGGAACCGGACACACAGGUUCGGAUCUGAUGAAGGAACACCUGGCAGAGAUCCGGAGUCUGAGGCGGAGACUGGAGGAGUCCAUCCAGACCAACGACCGGCUCCGGCUGCAGUUGGAGGACCGGCUGGCCCGCAGCGCCGGGGACAAAGGAGCUCCGACCAACAUCUACAUCCAGGGCCUGGACUCGGCCGGCCAGCUGUCCGCCGAGCUGCGCCUCCUGCAGGAGGAGAACGCCGCUCUGCAGGCGCAGCUGCAGCGCGCCGGCCGAGAGGGCAGCAGAGAGGCGGAGCUUCGCAGGGAGGCGGAGCAUCUGAGGGAGGCGGUCCUCCGGGAGCGCUCCAGGCUGAAGGAGGCGGAGCUAGAGACACAGAGGUGGGCGGAGCUAAGCCAGAGGCUGCAGGCGGAGGAUGCAGUUCGCUGCCAGGAGGUGGCGCAGCUGAGAGAGGACAGACAGAGAAACCAGGAAACCAUCAACAGGCUGCAGCAUGAGGCGAGCGUCCUGCGCCUGCAGCUGGACCACAGCCGCAGUUUGAUCCAGACGCUGCAGGAGGCGCCGCAGGACGCAAAGCGCCGUAUCUGGGAAAACUCCAGAGACUCACACUCAGAUGAGGUGGCUAAUGGCGCUCUGCCAGUGACCUUUGACCCCAGAGAGCUUCACAUCCAGCUGAAGCAGCAGCUGAGCACCCAGCCUGCAGCCAGAAGGCGACUCUUCAGCGGUGAAGACGUUUCUCCGCCCGUCAGAGACAGCGGCCCGAUCCGAGACAGCGGACUCAUCGCUGCUCCGCCUCAGCCUUCUCCCGGCCAGACGGCUGAUCCAGCUGCCCGCGCCCAGCAGGGCGGCACUCCCGAGGGAGGCCACCACGCCGUCGGCCAUCUUGGAGACCUCCAGGCCCUGCAGCAGCAGCUCCUGGAUGGGGCCGCCCUGGCUGCUCAGAUGGAGGCCGCCCUCUGUUCCCUGAACGCCUCACAGAGGCUUCAGCAGCCUUUGGACCGAGGAUGCGUCGGUAAUCUGCUGUCAGACUCUAAAACACUGAAGCGGAUCCUGCAGGAGGCGGAGUCUCUGCUGCAGGCGACCUGGACGGCGGAUCUGACCGACUCUGAGGAAGCCAGAAAGGACGAGUCGCUGAGGGCCGAGGUCGUCCGUCUCCGGACGAAGCUCUCAGAGCAGGACCAGGCUCUAAGGGACGCCAUGGAGAGACUGAAGAGCUCCAGCCUCACCAAGGACAGCAUGGAGCAUUUCAUCGUCAGCCAGCUAUCGAGAACGCGGGACGUCCUGAGCAGAGCCAAGACCAACCUGCAGGAGAACAAACUCAGGAUCUGCUCCCUUCCAGCCUCUGUCUCUGUCCUGUCCUCCCCCUCCGGCCCAGUAAAGGUGAAAACCCAGGGGGCGCCACUGAGCUCGGCUCCCCUGCUGGUUGGAGCGUCCUGACACCACGGGGCCUGGCUGCUCACCAGCGCCCCCUGCAGCCUGGCGGCCCGGCUCCUUGCUCCGGCUGAACCCGCCUGCUGAGACCGACAGAACCUCCAGUGUCCUUCCUCCAGACGUGCGACUUGAAGCUGCAGUUUGAGAAAGUUUGAAGCCAGAAUCUGGACCCUCAGAGAUCCCAGACACAGUUUCUGAACCUGGAAUAAAAACCAGAACCUGCAGGUCCAGAGUCCUGAUCCGCAGGUUUCCAGGAGAAAAGUCUGGUGAAAACAAAACAAAGUGCUUCCUUGCUGCCUGUGUUUGUGUGUUUGUGUUGACGGCAGGUUGUGGAGACGAAGCCAAAGGCCCUGAUGUUCCUGGAGGUCUUGGCCUGUUUGUAGUUAAAUCACUGGUAAAAUCCUCAAUAAGACAGAAAACUAACUAACCCAACAGAAAAGUCCCUUAGUGGCUCUUUUGUUUCUGCUUCUAAAGAUUUCACCUCCUCAAGCUACAAAGUAUUAUUAUUAUUUUAGAUACUUCUACAUAUAAAUCUGACAGUUUUCUCCACUGAAACUGGAAUCCAGAGAUGCUGCUGUGAAUCUGCAGCUUCUCUUUCUUCCUUCACUGUGGAUGAAGGCCAGAAAUCAGCCAGAACCGGGUCGGACCUCAUGCAGCCUUUUCAAGCUCUUUCAAGGUCUUGGUAUGGUCUUUCCAGGACCUUUGUAAAGUGUUUCCAGGACCUUGAUAUGACCUUUUCAGGAUUUUAGAGUAUCAGGUUUCCUGUUACCCAGGUUCCAGGCCCGGAGCCUCGUCUCUCGGGUUCCAGGCCCGGAGCCUGGACCCAUCAUGGCUUCCUGCUUCGUGGCGGCGCUGAUCCAGAAGUGAUGCCUUCAGUGACGGCGCAGUCCAAUCAUUUUGAUGAUGAUGCGGUCCAGCAGGGUUCUCCUGGUUUGUGGUCCAGCCGUGUUUGUCGUUGUCCCUCCAGUGUGAAGGACGCCGUGGUGAUGACCGAUUUAUUUUUGGUUUUCUUCGGUAGUUUCAGACUGUUCCUGGUUAUUCUGGGUUUAUUUUUACUUUGGUGCAUGAACUCCUCGUUAAUUUCUCAGAAAUAUGCAACUUUUGGGUCACUGUGCAAUAAUAGCCUUGUGUGGUUGCCAUGACGUCUGUUCUAGUUUAAAAAGCAACUUAUUUAGAAGAUCAAAGCUGUUGACAAUCAGUUUUAGAUGCUGAUGUUUGUUGCUGUCAGGAUCUGGUUUUAAAUACUCAGUAGGAGACGUAGCAGCAUUGAGCUUCGCUGUCAUAUUUAUGGAGCAAUAAGGCGAACCAAAGCAGACGGCCUGUUUGUCAGCAGGUCGGGUCCAAAGUGACCCGGUUUAAAGAGCUAACAGCUAAUCGGAUAAACUGGGAUGUUCAGAAACCAAAGCUAACGGAGGAACAGCAGCGCUUUUUGCUGCUGACCUGCUGGAUUUUUAUGCAUGUUCUCUUUGUUCAACUGUUUUGAGAUAAAAACAAGAUAAUCUUUUCAGUAAAACUAAUAAAUCUGGUAGAAAUAAACUACAGACUCUU